CUCCCCUCAUUAUCUUUUCUCUCCUCACUCUUACGUGGGCUUUCUUUUCUCUGUUUCUUGUCUUUGGCAUAGAGAGUGUGUCGCGAGUCUCAUUCGCGUCCUGCUGUCCUUGAUACCCCCGCCAGUAGAGUCGUCUACUCGUAGGACUUGACCGCCCUUUGUGCCUUUGUCUUUUCAAGGCCCAACAUCUACUCCCCACCAAAAACCGAAAAAGAAAAUUCACAGCACAAGACCUGAAAAAUGGCUCCCUCUGCUAGUGCCGUCAAGGCCGAGAACUCCAAGUCUCAGAAGGUCCUCGAGGAGCUCUUCUCCAAGUUGAGCGUCUCUCAGGCCCAGGACGAGAUCAACUCCGCCGCCAAUGACAUCGCCACCUUCAUCAACGGCGAUAUCGAGGAGGCUGACGCUCCCACCAAGUUCGUCGACCUCGUCAAGAAGCAGCUCGGCAACAAGAAGGAUGCCGUCGCCCGUGAGCGUGCGGUCGACGCCAUCCGCGCCAUUGCCCAGCACUCCACCGUCUCCCCUGCCGUCGAGCCCUUCCUCGUUGCCCUUCUGCCGAACGUGCUGGCCGCUGUCGGUGACAAGAUGAGCUCCGUCAAGGUCGCCGCCCAGACCGCCGCCGAGGCCAUCGUCGAGGCUGCCAACCCCAACGCCGUCAAGGCAAUCAUUCCUCACCUCAUCACCUCGUUGGAGAACGCACAGAAGUGGCCGGAAAAGAUGACCGACCUCAAGCUCAUCGAGGUUCUCUGCAAGAGCGCACCUGCUCAGCUCGCUUUCCGUGUCCCUGACUUGAUCCCCGUCAUCUCCGGAGCCAUGUGGGAUACCAAGCCUGAGGUCAAGAAGGCUGCCUACGCCACCAUGGAGAAGCUCUGCGCUCUCAUUUCCAACAAGGAUAUUGAGCGUUUCAUUCCUGAGCUCAUCAAGUGUAUCGCUAAGCCUGAGAACGUCCCCGAGACCGUUCACUUGCUCGGUGCCACCACUUUCGUCACUGACGUCCACGAGCCCACUCUCGCCAUCAUGGUUCCCCUCCUCGAGCGUGGUCUCGUCGAGCGUGAGACUGCCAUUAAGCGAAAGUCCGCCGUCAUCGUUGACAACAUGUGCAAGCUCGUCGAGGAUCCCCAGAUCGUCGCCGCUUUCUUGCCCAAGUUGAUGCCUGCUCUCGAGAAGAACUUCGACACCCUCGCCGAUCCCGAGGCUCGUGAGAAGACCCGCCAGGGUCUCGACACCCUGAUCCGUGUCGGUGCCGUCAAGGAUGGCAAGGCUCCCGAGAUCUCCAAGGCUGGUGAUAUCUCCACCGUUGCCGGUUUGCUCAAGGACGUCACCCCCGACAAGUACAAGAUUGACGCCAAGUUCCAGCCCAUUGUCGACUACAUUGGUGCCAUCGGUGGUCAGCUCAUCGAUGAGAAGGACUACGAGGCCAUCAGCUGGCAGAACAACGCCGGUCCUUUCAUCGCCGCUCUCAUUGGUGAUGCUGAGGCCAACGACGUUGCCAGCAACCUCCGCAGGCGCGCCAUUCCCGCCGCUGCCAUGGCGGACGAGAAGGAGCCUGAUGAGGAGGAGGGCGAGGACCUCUGCAACUGCACAUUCAACUUGGCCUACGGUGCCAAGAUCUUGCUCAACCAGACCCAUCUCCGCCUCAAGCGUGGUCAGCGUUACGGUCUCCUCGGACCCAACGGUUCCGGAAAGACCACCCUCAUGCGUGCCAUCAACAACGAGCAGGUCGAGGGCUUCCCCAAGCAGAGCGAGGUCAAGACCGUCUACGUUGAGCACGAUCUCGACUCUGCCGAUACCGAGCAGACCGUCAUCGAGUGGACCAUGAAGAAGCUCGCAUCUGUCGGCAUCAACAAGCCCCAGCCCGAGGUCGAGGAGACCCUCGUCAGCUUCGGCUUUGCCGCCGACCAGCUCACUGGCCCCAUCACUGCCUUGUCUGGUGGUUGGAAGAUGAAGCUCGCUCUUGCCCGUGCUGUCUUCGAAGAGCCCGAUAUUCUCCUUCUUGACGAGCCCACCAACCAUUUGGACGUCAAGAACGUCAAGUGGCUCGAGGACUACCUUGUCAGCUCUCCUUGCACAUCCAUCAUCAUCUCUCACGACAGCAAGUUCUUGGACAACGUCAUUCAGCACGUCAUCCACUACGAGCGCUUCAAGCUCAAGCGUUACCGCGGUAACUUGAGCGAGUUCGUCAAGCGUGUGCCAUCUGCCAAAUCUUACCACGAGCUCUCUGCCUCCGACAUGGAGUUCAAGUUCCCUGAGCCCGGUUUCUUGGAGGGUGUCAAGACCAAGGCCAAGGCCAUCGUCCGUGUCUCCAACAUGACCUUCCAGUACCCCGGAACCUCCAAGCCCCAGAUCUCCGACAUCACCUUCCAGUGCUCGCUCGGAUCUCGUAUUGCUGUCAUCGGCCCCAACGGUGCCGGAAAGUCCACCCUCGUCAACGUCUUGACUGGUGAACUUAUCCCCACCUCCGGUGAAGUCUACCAGCACGAGAACAUCCGUAUUGCCUACAUCAAGCAGCACGCUUUUGCCCACAUCGAUCACCACUUGGACAAGACUCCUUCCGAGUACAUCCAGUGGCGUUUCCAGACUGGUGAGGAUCGUGAGACCAUGGACCGUGCCAACAAGAUCGUCACCGAGGAGGACGAGAAGGCCAUGGACAAGAUCUACAAGAUUGAGGGUACCCAGCGUCGUGUCAUUGGUAUCUCCUCCCGCAGAAAGUUCAAGAACUCUUACGAGUACGAGUGCUCGUUCGCUCUCGGAGAGAACGUCGGCAUGAAGAACGAGAGGUGGACUCCUAUGAUGACUGCCGACAACGCCUGGAUUCCUCGUAGCGAGAUCCUUGCCUCUCACGCCAAGAUGGUGGCUGAGGUCGAUCAGAAGGAGGCUCUUGCCAGUGGUCAGUUCCGUCCCCUUGUCCGCAAGGAGAUCGAGUCCCACUGCGCCAACUUCGGUCUCGAUGCUGAAUUGGUUUCCCACUCCCGCAUGCGUGGUCUCUCCGGUGGUCAGCGUGUCAAGGUCGUCCUCGCCGCUUGCUCGUGGCAGCGACCUCAUUUGAUCGUCCUUGACGAGCCCACCAACUACCUCGACCGUGACUCUCUCGGUGCCUUGUCCAAGGCUAUCAAGUCCUUCGAAGGUGGUGUCAUCAUCAUCACUCACUCUGCCGAGUUCACCAAGGACUUGACUGAGGAAGUUUGGGCUGUUGUCGAUGGAAAGAUGACUCCCUCCGGUCACAACUGGGUUCAGGGUCAAGGAGCAGGUCCCAGACUUGCGGAGAAGGGCGAGGAAGAGGAGACGUUCGAUGCGAUGGGUAACAAGGUUGCUUCCCAGACAAAGAAGAAGAAGUUGACUUCAUCCGAGAUGAGGAAGAAGAAGAAGGACCGUAUGGCCCGCCGCAAGCGUGGUGAGGAGGUCUUCUCUGAUGAGGACGACUAAAUUGCUCGUUCGAUGUCCUUAUGAACAGAUUUGGCAACGAGUUUGGGUGGAAAUGAAUCAAUCCAGCAAAGAAAAUGAUGGAUAGAAAAAAUCGGUGAUCAUGACUCGGAGUUAAUGAUUUGAUACCUCGUAGACACUUAAUAGACUCAAGGUUGCUCUUACAGCUUUCCUGAAUUCAAAAAAGUUCAAAAUUG